GGUGCAUGUUUCUUUAUGCAUUGGUGUUUUCAAGUUCUUUGGAUAAAUACCCAGCAGUGGAAUAGCUGGAUCAUAUGGUAGUUCUAUCUUUGAUUUUUUGAGGAAAACUUCUUUGUAGACAAAAAUUAUGUUUAUAUGAAGAUAUAAAAUGUCUGAACUCAUCUGUUAUGAACAAAGGCUAAUGAGGGAGAAUCUGUGCAUCCACAUACAAUUUUUCUUGAAUUAAAGGAAAAAAACAGACACUGACAAAAGAGGGUUGGACUGAGAAACUGUACCCUGAAUACUACAGAAAUGAAGAAAAGAGGCAGUGGGCAACAGAGAACUUUGUCCUGCUCAGAGAUCCCCAAAGAAUCCCUGUCCCCUCCCCCCACCUCCUGCCAGAAUGUUGGGUUUCAAAGAAUCAGCAGAUUAACGGAUAUCAGGAGUAGCGUGGCCUGGGCUGAGGAUAAGGAUAAUUUGCCUGAGUUUCGGUACUGGCUAAAUCAUUACAAACCUUGUACUUGGUAUAUCUCCCUGUGAGAGUGAAGGGAAAUUAGCCAAGGAACCUUAAAGCUGUUGCUGUUGGGAGGAAGUCAUACAGUAAGGAAACUACUGAAGAUCAAGAGAGAGAGAAGCAAGAAUAAAAACAUAGACCCGAAGUCUGUAAGACUUAGAGCCGGGCAGCAGCUACUUAUAAGGGAGUCAGCAUAGAUCUGGGGUUAAUACCUGAGUCUCUGAGGCUCAGCAUGCCAGGGAGAGCUGCUCCUGAUGGACACAGGACCUGCAUCAUCAACUGAGUCACUGGGGACAUGUCAGUGGCAGCCUCUGUGAGAGGUUCUGCCUCUGUACUGCCUUCUCGAUGGAAAAACCAAGUGGCCUUGAAAGAGGGUAAGAUAAAGUUUCAGACUUGGGCUCAGCAGAAGAUGAACUUGAGACUGGGGUCAGCACCAGGCUCUUCAUGUGUCAGGUUAGGGAUUAUGUUGCUGUUAGUGAUUUUUCUGCCAAGCAUGCACUGUGAUCUGGGAUCUGUAUAUUACACUUUCUAUGAAAUAAUUAUUCCCAAGCAGCUGACAGUCAAGGGAAGGGAAGACCCAGUGGAAAAGGCAUCUUAUAUGCUAUUUAUGCAGGGCCAGAAGCAGCUGAUUCACCUGAAGGUGAAGAGAGACUAUUUUGUGGAUAACUUUCCAGUCUUCAGCUACCACAAUGGCAGCCUGGGACAAGAAAUGCCCUUCAUCUCACGUGACUGUCACUACGAAGGCUACAUAGAAGGCAUCCCAGGUUCUUUUGUUUCUGUCAACACCUGCUCAGGCCUCAGGGGCAUCCUGAUUAAGGGGGGAAAAUCCUAUGGCAUUGAGCCCAUGGACUCUUCAAAACGGUUUGAACACGUGUUGUACACCAUGGCACACGAAGCUGGAAUCUCCUGUAGUGUCACUUCCGAAGACAGCCAAGUGGCGUCCACCAGCCAGCAACAAGGGAGCAGGAAGCCUCACGGUCCACAGGCGCUGUCCUACUUGUGGUCACACACCAAGUAUGUGGAGAUGUUUGUCGUGGUCAACAACCAGCGGUUCCAAAUGUGGGGCAGUAACAUCAAUGAGACAGUCCAGAGAGUGAUGGACAUCAUUGCUCUGGCCAACAGCUUCACUAGGGGAAUAAACACCGAGGUGGUGCUGGCUGGAAUGGAGAUUUGGACCGAGGGGGACCUCAUAGAGGUCCCAGUGGACUUGCAAGUUACACUCAAGAAUUUCAAUAGCUGGAGACAAGAGAAGCUCUUCCAACGUGCGAAGCAUGAUGUCGCCCACAUGAUUGUUGGACAUCGUCCUGAAGAGGAUAUGGGACAGGCAUUUCUCAACGGUGCCUGUUCAAGCGGCUUUGCAGCAGCUGUUGAAUCCUUCCAUCAUGAAGAUGUCCUCCUGUUUGCAGCGCUCAUGGUCCAUGAGCUGGGGCACAACUUGGGUAUUCAGCACGACCACUCGGCCUGCAUUUGUAAAGAUACACGCUUUUGCCUCAUGCAUGAAAAUAUCACUAAAGAAAGUGGCUUCAGCAACUGCAGCUCUGAUGACUUCUACCAGUUCCUCCUUGAACUCAAAGGCGCCUGCCUAUUCAACAAGCCUCAGCACAAAGGCCGCAUGCGUAGGGAUGCUGAGUGUGGUAAUGGUGUGGUGGAAGGCGAUGAGCAGUGUGACUGUGGUUCUUUCUGUGCCAGUCACCCGUGCUGUGACCAAACAUGUAACCUGAGGGAGCAUGCACAGUGUAGUGAUGGACUCUGCUGUUUCGCUUGCCAAUGGAGAAAUACAGGAUUCAUGUGCCGUCCUCCUUUGGGAGAGUGUGACCUCCCUGAGUAUUGCAAUGGUUCCUCUGGAGAAUGCCCCACAGACAGCUAUAAGCAAGAUGGUACGUCAUGUGAUUUAAUUCACUAUUGUGUUGGGGGUCGGUGUAAGAACCCUGAUAAUCAAUGCAUUGGUAUAUAUGGGCACCCUGCAAGGUCUGCGCCAGAAGACUGUUACAUUUCAAUGAACAGCAAAGGGGACCGAUUUGGAAACUGUGGCCGUCCUACCUUGGCUAGGUCAAGAUAUGUUAAGUGUGUAGAUGAUAAUUUAUUUUGUGGGAAACUUAUAUGUACAAAUAUUAGACGGGUACCACGAGUCAAACCCGAACAUUCACUGAUCCAGGUCGCUCACGAAAAUGACUUCUGUUGGAGCAUGGAUGCAUAUAACACUGCUGAUAUCCCUGAUGAUGGAGAUGUGCACACUGGCACUCUUUGUGCCCCACACAAAGUGUGCAUGAAUUACUCCUGCACUGAUCACGCUGUGCUCAACUAUGACUGUGAACCAGCGGACAUGUGUAAUGGGAAAGGAGUUUGCAACAAUUUAAAGCACUGCCAUUGUGAGGCUGGCUAUGCCCCUCCUGACUGCAGAGAUCCUGGAAAUGGGGGUAGUGUGGACAGUGGUCCUCCUGGCAAAACAAUGUUUGAAAAUCUAAGUGCAGGUGAAAGUCGCACUCCAAUUAAGCGUGGGAAUGAAGUUAAACGUCUUGGCAUGAUAAUUUUCAUACUCCCUAUAUUUCUUAUAGUAUUAUUGUUACUUUUAUUACUUAUCAUUAGCCUCAAUGCUGGAAUUGAGUCAGUAGAGACCCCAGGGGGCUCCACAGUAUUGAGCUCAGAGGAGACUGUGGAGUCCUUACAGGAGAUUGAACCAGAGGAUGUCCCAAAGGAGGCACCACAGGAAGCCCCUCCAGAGGAGGCCCCACCACCGGAGCAGGCCCCACCACCGGAGGCUCCAGCCCAGGAGCAGGCCCCACCCCAGGAGCAGGCCCUAUCCCCGGUGGCCCCACCCCCGGAGCAGGCCCCACCCCCGGAGGCCCCACCCCAGGAGCAGGCCCCACCCCAGGAGCAGGCCCCACCCCCACAGGCCCCACCCCCACAGGCCCCACCACCGGCCCCAGAACAGCCUGCACCAUAAGAGGUGAAGGACAGAAAUAACCACAGGCAGAAGAGUAGUGGCGGAAGAAGCCAAAUACAUCAAAUACCUCAAGCACCGAGUGGGAAUAAGAGGCUCAGAGAGGCAAAGGUGAAGUGGGAACUGAUAGCUCCAGUGGCUCAGAUUGGACUAUAUAGUCGAUGGAAACAUACUAAUGUGGGAGGAGAGAACUCCCUGCUUACAAUAUUCAUUUUAGCAAUUUGGUUAUAUAUUCAUAUAUGAAAUCACACAUGAAGUAUCCUAUAUUUUUGCUUUUUCCCAUUUCAUGAAAUUUAUUUAAGCUCUUCUCAUGCAUUAUUGCUAUCAAUGUCUUGAUUCAUUUGGGCCCAUUUCUGAGCUGAAAUUAUUUUUCAGGACAUACGAUCUUCCAUCUAUUUUGUUUGAUAAAAUAUAUUAUCUGUACCUAUAUUACUAUCACUGGAUUAUUCAUCCCAGUCACAAUAAUGCAUUAUUUUAGGGACAGUAUCUACUGAGUAUCUAAUUUGCCCUCACAGUUUCUAUUCAUGAAAUAGAGGUAAUUCAAAAUAAAUAAAAGGCUAUUUUCAGAUGAAGCAUCACUUCAGACUCCAUGCAACCUAGUCCUUGGGGCUUCUUUAUUUCAGGGUUCUCUGGAUGGGGCUAUAUCUGAUCCAGGGUGGUCUGAUCACAGGGGUCUGGGUGCAUGCGGCAGGGAUGGGCAACUGAGCUAAGAGGACCCUUACAUAUUGCUGAGUUCAUGUUGGAGGAUUUUGUUAUUUCCUUUCAUUUUUUUCCUUACUUUCUAUAUUGAAGUUGAUAUUUUGUCUACUAACAAUUCAUAGGAACCUCCCCAAUGGGAGGUAACAAUACUUUGGAUGUGGUAGUUAUUUGUGAAGAGAGCACAAAGCACACAUAAUAAUGACUUUGCCCAUUCUGUGCAAGACACUGUGCUGAACACUUUACAUUCAUUGUCUUAAUUAAUGUAAUCCUCCCAUCUGCCAUAUGAGACCUGCAUCUCGUACAUGAGGAAACAGAGACCAGAGAGUUUUGCUCUAGAGCUGGUAAGGGGUGGAACCUGCGUCCCGCCCCAGGUAUGACUGAAUCUACAUGCUCCACUGCCUCAUGAGCCUUUGCCUUCAGUUAAAAAACAGUGAUCGGGAAGACAAUCGAUAUGUCCUUAACUGCCCAGAACAUGGCUUCUUCCUCAGUGACUAAUGAAACAAAAGCCUUACAAACAGAUGCUGACCUCUAUCAUGAACCUGCCACACUGUGUAGUCAUGAUCGAUGAAAGUGUCUCUUCCCCUAUUACAUCCUGACCUCAUGGAGCAGCAGGUUUGUGUCUUAUUCAGCUCUGGGGGCCCAGCUCAUUGUCGGUACACAGUAAAUGUUGACCAAGUGAACGAGUUAACCAGAGCCAACCUUAAAAACAGGAGGGUUCCUUCUGCGCAUGCUACUUGCUAGUUCCUGGGCAAGGCACAACCAAAACCUUGCCCAUGGGCAGUGGUGUUACAAGUUGAGAGUUCUGAGUCUCAGGGAAGUUCCUGAGCAUCAGUCCCUGACAAUACAUUCGCUGAGUCCCUCUUCUAACUGCCCACCCUAUGUGAGUAAAAGAGAACAAACAAAAGAAGGCUAAGUAAGACCUAGCUUCUGUUUUCAAGAAGCUUGUGUUAAUUACUUGGGGUGGAACAAAACUAAACUUCAGAGCACAAUCCAAAAUCAAGCCUUCAGCUAUGUAAAUUUCCAGGUCAUGACAUUUGCUGGGAACCAAAUCUCAGAAUGUUCUAUGCCAGAAGAUCAAGAUUUAUGGUGAAAACACACCAUUAGUUGGCAGUCACCUGAGAGCUUUGAGCACGAGGGUGAAAGUGGGUGACUGAAGGCCUCCAAAUGUAAACUUGUCACUAGAGACUUUUGAAAAAGGUGUGGAGGAUUUCUGCUGAGAAGCACUUCAGUGGAGAACAGAAGGGGUAACCUUCCUAACUGCAUAUGCUGAUGGUGACUAUAAUAAAAGCUAAUUAGCAUCACAUAUUCUUAAAAACUUACCAAAUGUAAGGGAAACCGGAUUUGAGUUUCAGGUACAUAUGCUUAGCUAAUUUAAUGACAUUCUUUAAAGACAAAAAGUCAGGUAGAUAGUUGGGAAUCAAUCAAUAAAUCCUAAAUAGGAUUUCACAAUAUUUGACAACAAAAUUUAUAAAAAUUUAGCAAAUGUGGGAGCCGUAUAGACUAUUUUUAAUUUUUAGCUGCUGUCCUUAUGAGUGACCCUCAGGUUUGCAAGACCACGUUGAAGCCAAGAAACAAAGGUUAACACAGGUAUUUGAACGAACUUCCUCUGAAAAAGUGAUGGGAAAUUGGACAUAUUGACAAAUUGUCAGGUGAAUCUUAAAACGUGUGGAAACUCCAAACUCCAGGGACGGACGGUUGAAGCUCUUUAGGACACACUGCAGCAGGGAAGUGACCAAUUUUAAUGUGGGCAGGAGAGAGAAGGUAGGGCAACUCGGGUCUGAAAUCCCAGGGUCACAGUUCAGUGUUCUGCACCUUGUGUUACCACUUCUACGGUGUGCAUUCGUUCGCCUGAUUCCUCUCCCCAUUAUGUGUGGGCGAUUCUGAGGAGAGCUUGCUUACACUUUCCAAUAAUCUGUGUUGGUGGUCAUUCACGACCCAGGCAGCUGCUGCCCCGGGAGACCCUGAUAGUGACUCCUUGUCAUCCUUUACCUGCCUUCCCUGGGUGGCUAUUGUCCUCUCUGUGCUCCCUACGGCCAGCGGACACCGAGGCCCGUCCCUUAGUUCCCCAAAGCACAGCCAAGUCCAGGCUCUAGAUUUUUAUCCAGACUUGGGGGAAACAAAGGAACAUUACAAUGUGGACAAGAACAUAUUUGGAUGCUGCCACUAUUAAUGUUCCUGGAGUCCAGAGGUCAUGCCCCUCCCUGGGAGACUUGAAUGGGUCUUCUCUUUCUUUGGAUGUCCCCAGCCUGCCAUCUUUUCUGGUCCAUAUAGGAGUGCUUUUGGGAAUGUCCUCAUAACUUGGAGUCAAACUCCACUCUCUCCUCUGCAGCUUGGUUGAAGGAAAAAGAAGAGAUUUACGUUAAACACAGGUGACAUUAUCAACCUCACAGGGAUGCAAUUCUGCACUAA